AAAAAACGUAAAAAGUUUGGAUUUAAAUUUAAUCUCAAGGACUACAAAAGUGAUGGUCAUACUUUUAGCUAAAUAGAAACUUAGUUUUAUAAAAAUCGUGUGAAUUUAAAGCUUGUGCUUGGGUAUGAUUGGCUAGCAGUAAUCCUCUUCGCGACUGCCAUGGCGGCGAAACUGGACAAGACCAGCCCACCCCGCAACCAGGGCGCAUCCAGCGGAGCGAACGCUGGUCUCCAAGCACCCUUCGGUGCCAGAACCCAGAACCAGGCGCAGAUCCUGAAGUUUGAGAAUGAUCUUACUGACCAGGGAUACCAUUACGCGUAUGAGACCAGCGAUGGAACCAAGGCUGAACAGGAUGGGCAAGUUCUUCCCGGCGCGAAGCCAGAGGAAGGGUCCCUCCGCGUCACAGGCUCCUUCUCCUACGUGGGUGAUGAUGGCCAGACCUACUCCAUCACGUAUACCGCUGAUGAGAACGGCUACCAGGCUACUGGCAACCACUUACCGACCCCACCGCCCAUACCACAGGAUAUACUGAGAAGUCUACAGCUUACUGCUGGAAAUGUGAAAUACGGCAGCUCGAAAAGCAGCUACGACGCGGAUGCUGGAUACUAGAAUAAUAUCAGUUAGAGUAAAUGUAGGCCACGCACUACUUUUAGAUCCUUCGUAAAAAUUG